AUGGCACUAAUAGGCAAAGAACAGGACAUGGAAAUGACAGGCGAUUCCGCUGUUCCUAUACUUUUGAAAUUGGGCAAUGCUGAAGGGGUUAGCAGCUUGCCCCCUUCAACUCAUUUAGGAACGCCCCAAAACAACACUCAGGACGGGGACACCACACUUCAAAAGGUGUUUGGGGACAUUCAACUCUUUGAUGAACCCCUUCUUGGCGAUCUGCAAGGCGCAGACCAGAUUCUCCAAGCUCUUUUGAUACCAUCGGAAAAAUAUGGUACGCUGAGGAGGAACGCAAAUGGCUCGCCCAAUGGGCAAAAGCGUAUGGGGGUCCUCCCAACUGUCCUCCCACCCCAGGAUGUUCCCGUGGUGAACAAAGCGGUCAAGAUUAAGUGGUUGCAUUUCUAUCUACUUGUUUUGUCUUCAGAGCGUAAUCCAAUGGGGCCAUGUUGA